CGGCCCGGGGGGCGGUGCUGGAAGGGGCCGGGCUCAGGGUGUGGGGAUAUUGCCGCCCGCCGCCCCGCCAGGUGGUCGGCAGGAGGGAGCUGGUUGACGGUGCGCCGUGCUGAUCGCUUUCUGCUUCUCAGGUGAAGUAGGGUUGGGCUGAGGAUCGAAGGCUACUGCGUAUGAACAUACCAUACAGGAAGAAAUGGCGAGUGAGGAUGAAACAAAGCGGACCAGAGGAAAAGAACAAGAACUUGCAACAGAUGUUUCACUUGAUGGUGAUAAGCAUGAACUUGACAAUUCGCUUUCGGCUAAUGUCAGUGGAAGGUCUCGUACCAUGAGCACUUCUACUCAAGCUACAGGUGAUAGGGAUGACGACAAGAAACCUAAAGAAGUGAAAUCACUUUGCUCACCUUCUCGUGUCCUUCAUCUUCGUAAAAUUCCGGGUGAUGCCACUGAAGCAGAUGUCAUUUCAUUAGGACUCCCUUUUGGCAAAGUAACCAAUGUAUUGAUUCUAAGAGGAAGAAGUCAGGCUUUGUUGGAAAUGGCUUCUGAGGAAAAUGCUAUUAGUAUGGUGAACUACUGCUCUACUGCUUUGCCUCACAUCCACAAUCAGCCUGUGUAUGUUCAGUAUUCCAACUACAGAGAACUUAAGACGGACGGUCUACCUACUCAGUCUGGUGCUCCAGCUGCAUUGCAAGCUAUGAAUGCUGCGCCGUGUGGAAACAUGGCUGUUACAAGUGCUUAUCCUGCUGAAGGUGGGCUCUGUCCAGGUCAAAGUUCUGUUCUUCGAAUCAUUGUAGAAAAUGCUUACUACCCUGUCACUUUAGACGUGCUGCAUCAGAUUUUCUGUAAGUUUGGAUUUGUCUUGAAGAUUGUCACCUUUACAAGAAACAAUCAGUUUCAAGCCUUGAUUCAAUAUGCUGAACCAGAGAAUGCAUAUUAUGCCAAAAUGAUUCUGAAUGGCCGAAAUAUCUACAAUUCAUGCUGCACAUUACGCAUUGAUUUCUCCAAGUUAACAAGCCUUAGGGUGAAGUACAACAAUGACAAAAGCAGAGAUUUCACUCGCUUUGACCUUCCAACUGCUGAAGGACAGCUAUCCCUAGAUCCAGCUGUAAUGGCUGCCUUUGGGUCCCAAGAUAUGAUCUUCCAACGAUAUGCGGGGACUGGUGGAUUUGGGCCGGUCACAUGCUAUCCUCAAAAUGCUGUCACCACAUGUGUGGCAUCCGUACAGAUGUGUAAUCCAGGUGUUCCAGGAAAUUCUGUUUUAAUGGUCAGCAAUCUGAAUCCCGAGGCCAUCACACCACAUGGACUUUUCAUCUUAUUUGGUGCUUUUGGUGAUGUGCUUCGUGUGAAGAUCAUGUUUAAGAAUAAAGAAAAUGCUUUGGUUCAGAUGGCAGAUGCAGCCCAGGCUCAAAUAGCUAUCAGCUACUUGAAUGGACAGAAGCUUUAUGGGAAGUUCAUGCGUACAACUCUUUCAAAACAUCAGAGUAUUCAACUCCCUCGUGAAGGAGAGGAGGACAACGGUCUGACAAAGGACUAUAGCAAUAGCCCAUUACAUCGCUUUAAGAAGCCUGGCUCUAGGAACUUCCAGAAUAUCUUUCCUCCAUCUGCAACCUUACAUCUCUCCAACAUCCCGCCUUCUGUUUCUUUUGAUUAUCUUAAGAGUCUUUUUGCACGUUCUGGAUCUACUGUGAAAGCCUUCAGAUUUUUCCAGAAAGAUUGCAAAAUGGCUCUUAUCCAGCUGGGCUCUGUGGAAGAAGCAGUUCACGCUCUCAUUGAUCUUCACAAUUAUGACCUAGGAGAUAAUCAUCACCUCCGAGUUUCCUUCUCAAAAUACACAAUUUGACUUCUGUGAACAGUCCUCUUAAAACUGUUUUGGAGUUUUGUUAAUAUUAUCAAAUAGAGACUGAAAUUGCUGUGACCAAUUCUGCCUCUUAAAAGAAAAAGCUCGUUUAUACACACAACAAAGAAUUAGGGGAUAAUCUUUUCUGAUUUCAGCUGCCAGUAUAUGAUCAAAUCUUACUGUUAAUCAGUAAAAAGACUAUGUUUCUUUAGAAAUAAUAUUUAUCAUCGUUUCCUAUUUUAACUUUACUUUUGAGAAUAUAUUUUUAAUUUUUGUUUUAAAUUAGCCUUAUGAAAUAUUUUACAGUGCUUUUUCAAUAUACCAAACUGAGAAUGUUUCUAACAAAAUGGUAAAUCCACCCUACUUGUAUGAAACACUGAUUUGAAUGUGAAAUAGUGCUUGGCUUUCUUGAAGAAACCAAGCACUGAUUGCAAAUGCCCUCUGAACAGUAUUUAUGUUACUAGAGUGUGUGUUCACACUUUGGCAAAUCUUUACAAUAACUUUUUUAAAACAUAGAUUUUGUGCUGUUCAUAUGGUAUAAAUUAUUAGAGGAAAGGCAGUGCCUUUUCUUAGUGGAGAAAAAGAUGUUUGAUGAGUUUCUCCAAGCUAUGACAUUAGAGUCUUAGCUUGACUUCAUCCUGGAAUAAAAGUUUGAUGUGCUAUUUUACUAUGAAGUGAUAUUGUGUAAUAGUAUUUUGAAGAAAAUAAGAGGAGAAAAUAGUCCUGAUUUCAAAGAGUUUUUUACAUUUCUUUAAAGAAUAAAAUGUUUACAAUCUUGUAGAAAAUAUUCAGGUCUGUGAUGGCUUAAUGAAUUUUUAAGAAGUUAUUUUUGGUAAGGUCAUCUUUGGGGAUGAAAAAUUAAACCUCAAGAGUUUUUUGUACCAAUGAAGUUACUGAGUACUUACUUAAUUUCUUAUUAUGUGCCUUACUGUGUGCUUAUGACACAACAGCUUUGAGUUUUAUCUGAAGCAUCUUGAAAAGUGUAGUGUGGGCUUUUAAACCCCUCCCCCCGCCCCUUUUUUUUUCCUGGUAAAUAUUUUCUCAACUGCUACUUUUGUGUUUCCUCUGCUCUGCUCUCCCCUGUCCCCAGUAAUAUUCUAACUUCUAGUUUCUGAUGCUUUAGUAUAGAGAUAGGGUAGAGGUGCAAAUUAAGUUUAAACCAUUAUACAGUCCUGUAGUCCUCUUUGAAUUUACCUGGUUGCAGUUGUCUGAUACCUAAAUUUGGCUGGAAAAAAAAAAAAAAUAUAUAUAUAUAUAUAUAUAUAUUUAUUGGAGUUGGACACAAUGAUCUCUAGAGGUCCCUUCCAACCCCUACAGUUCUGUGAUUCUGUGAUAUAUGUAUUCAGAAAAUGCCCAUUUCUCUUUGGAGAAUGAGCUGUGAUGCAGUUAGACUUUGUAUGGGAAGCAGAUAUGAAUAUUACUGAAUUUCUGUCAUGAAAGAAUUCUUCUUUUUUUUUUUUUUUUCUUUUUUCUUUUUAAGGGCUACUCCUUUCAGAAUUUACCAAAAACACAUCACUUUUUAAAAUGUGGCAUCAUUACAUUUGCUUGUUUAUACCUAUUGCAGAAUUUUUUGCCACUCUUUCAUUUUUUUUUUUUUUUCAUGAUUGUUAUUAGUUGUAAAAUUUCUCCUACCUUUGUAGAACAAAGGGUAUAAUUCUGGAAAUAUCUGAGUGUUUUGGAGUAGGCUUCUUCAGACUGUUACUCUAAAUUACUUCUGUAAGAUCAGUGAUAUACUCACUUGCCUUACUUUAAUAUCUGUAACUUGAGUUGAAGCAGCUAAUCAUACUAAAGAAGGUUCCAGGUCUCUAAAACAGAAUGAAGGCAUUUGACUGUAAGUAAAAUGCUGACUAUGUAGGUAGAUGUGUAGAAUCAGAGCUCCCAGAGCGCCCUAUUAGAAAAUAUCAUCUUCAUGUUUUUAGCAAAGUUCCAUCUUGUAAGAAGCCUUGUUGAGAAAGGUCCUAUCUGCACAUGAACAUGAUACCUAAUUUGUAAUUCAUGUCUGUGUUUAAACUUCUUAGCUCUCAUGUUGAUAACAGUUAAAAUAGUUGCUAGGAAUGUCCCCCGUUACUCACAUAGUGGUUUGUUAAUACUGAGACAUUAUUCAUAACAUAUGAUUUAUCACUUUUUUUAAAAAAAGAACUACAGUUAAAGAGCAGAGCAAUCAUCCUAGACCUGAAUGUAAUUCUAAAGAGGAGAAAUGGAGCCUUAAUUUGAGAAUGAAUAUUGACACACAUUGUAUGUGUAUUCCAUAUCACCUUAUAAAUGUAUACAAACAUACAAAUUACAUGCCCUUUUAACUUGUUGAUUCUAAUGGCACUUAAUGCUUAAACAAAUGUGAAGGGAUGAGAAUGUACAUCUUUUUCACAAAAAAAAAAAAAAAAAAAGAAAUACUCUUGUUAUUUUGCCUUAAUGUUAGAACUGAUGUUAGCUCUGAAGUAUUUGCAGUUUGAAAUGAGGAGGCCUACAGUUUAAGCUGCCAGAUUAGUAAUAGAUACAGAUUUGUAAUGUUAGAAAAAUCUGGAUAGUAGUUAUUUCUGUUAGGUUUUUUUUGUUAUUUUUUUUCAUGACAUAUUUUUCCUGUAUCUCUUUUGUCAUUAUCUCUGUUUCUUUAACUGAAUCAUUCUUGUCAGCUUACAUGUAAAUUUAUGUAUUUCUCAGCAAUGCUGCCUCUUAAAGAGUUGUGCUUUAGAAGUGUAGAUGAGCCUCAAAAAUAGCUGCACAUCUUAUUGUUUCUGUAACAGAAUGAUGGUACUAGAUAAGGCUUGCUUAUCUCAUUCAGUAUUCUGCCUUGAAUAAUUAGAAGCAAAAAUGUUACUAUUGCACUGUUAGUGAAGGAUAAGGACAAAAUGAGUGAUUCGUAAUUGUGCUUGACUCAUCAAAACCACUAUUGCAUCUCAGUUUGGGAAUCUCUAAAGAAUAUGAGCUCAGUACCUCUGAGAAGAGCAGGCUUUAUUUAAUAGAUUCUUAUGCUGAGGUAGGUUGAAAAUGAAACUCCAAAGGCCUUAAUCUCACUUCUCCCUGGGAUUAGGGCCAACCACUUGGUCAGAGACAUUCCUAAUUUCCCACCUAGCAAUAUGUUGCCUACUUUAUUACAGCACAACUCCCUGAAAGAUUCUGGCUUCGUCCUCACUAUACAGUGGUGUUAAGUUAUUAAAUGUAGGUUUAUAAUUUCUUUAAUAUUAAUUAUUAAUUUCUGUUUAAGUCACUUGUGUAGCAUGCUGUAAUAUGUAACAUGGAAAACACCGGCGCUUGAAUUGUGAUCACAGCUAUCAGAAAUGGAUGAGGGUAGAGUCCUCUUCCUUUGUGUAUUUUAAGUCAAAAAUGAGCCUUGGGUUACUUCCAACUCCUACUUUUGUUUGAUGGCAGCACAUUAGUUCGAAGUGUAGUAAGGCAUUCUUAACUCAGGAGAGAAACUUGGUGGCUUUUCAGAUGACCUGUAAUACGUUGACUAGUAGUAAAGGUUCAGCUUCUUUGAAUUACUUUAAAUGCCUUGGAACACUGGCUGAAAAUUUGACUUUUCGUUUGAUUUGGUUGCACUGUCUGCUGGUACUACAUUUCUAUAUUUUGUGCUCUUAGAUAGACUUAUGUCUUUUUUUUGUACUUCAGUUACUCCACGGAUCUGAAGAGACUUGCCUAUAUGACACUUUCUGUGCAGGUGUUGCCACCUGUUUGUGUACAGAAAAAACUGUUUACCCAUGCUGAAAAAAAAACCCACAACACAACAGGUGCAUCUUCUCCUCCUCAGAUUCAUUUAUUUUGACUUAUAACAUAAAGAGAUUCAGGUAUUUUUCUGCUAAGGAUGCAGAUCUAUUUCUUGUGAUUGUAUACAACUAGCAUGUACUGCUGUUCUUCAAAUGCUUUCAACUUUUGUCCUGGUCUGUUUUUAUCUAAAGCAGAUCUAUCACACUUAAAGUUUUUACUGUUGUGCUGAAAAGAUACUGUUCAGAUUACACAGUUUUUCCUUUAUAUUUAACAGUCUUCUAAUGAUUUCUUUGCUCUGUACAAGACUUCACCUGCUCUUUUAGAAGAAAAUCCUAAUGGUUGAAAGUUGUGAAUUAUUUCAUGAAAGAAUGGAAAUAUUCUCAAGCAUUUAAUAUCAGGGCUUGAUUGUGUGAGGUGAGUGGGAUAUAACAUAAAGCGGGACCAAAGUUUAUGUGCCUUCAGUAGUCCUGUGUGCAGUGUUUUCUCAUAUCUACUUCUGUUUUGUGUGCAAUAAAUACUCUGGUUUUUUUCCCUUUU